AUGGCUCCUAAAAAAGAGAAAGCCUUAACCAUUGAGAAGAAGAAAGCAACAAUUGGUACAUAUUACUCACCUAAAAUGGCAUCUACAGAAUUAGAAAGGCAACGAAAAUCUUUGCCCCUAGAAAAUGCAGAGGUGUCUGCCCACCAAAUGUCUAAUUUAUCAGAAGAAGACUUCCCACAUUUGCCAAAAAUUUCACAGGGAAUGACGCAACAAUUAUUAACCCAAAUGCUGGACAACCUAUAUAAAAAAAUUAAAGAUGACAUAGAACACAACACAAAUGACAUCAGAUCGGAAAUUUUCAUUCUUUCUGAGAAACUCUCAAGUCAGGCAAUUAUAUUACAAAAAGUUCAAGAUGAUUAUGAACAUAUCAAAUUAUCUAAUGCACAACUAGAGAAGAAAUUGCAAGACAUUGAGAAUAAAAUUACAAAUUUUGAAGACCGCUCCAGGAGAAAUAAUAUUAGAGUCAGAGGCAUAUCUGAAACAAUAACACAAGAAGAUCUAUAUUCUUAUCUGGACAGUUUCUUUUCAAAUAUUCUGUCCCUGCAGACACUGGGUCCUGAAUGGUUCGAAAGAUUUCAUAGCUUGCCUAAAUCAAAUGGAAUUGAUAAAUCCAAUCCAAGAGACGUAAUAGUUUGCUUUUCGAGCUUCCGGAUAAAAAAUCUAAUAAUGCAGAAAGUAAGGAAUAAGAUCCCGGAUACCGACGAAUGGAGGCAUCUAAAAAUCUUUCAGGACUUAUCUCAAAAGACAAGACAAGCAAGAAGGACGUUUUCAGAGGAGACGACAAUUCUUAGAAAUAUGGAGAUACGAUACAAGUGGCUGUUUCCGAUGGCAAUUAUGGUCUUUUUUAGGGACCAAUCAUAUAUUUUCAGAGACAAUACGGCACUAAAAGAGAAAAUGACAAUUUGGAAACUUAUCCCAAACUCAAAUUGA